UCAUACGUCUCCUCAUCGGAGUCAGACCCACAAACCCCGCAGUUGCUGACAUAAAUUUAUUGGUUUUCCACCGGACUCUUCGACGCCCGCUGCUCGAGAUUCUUGUCUGUUCCCCGUCGCCAAGUAGUAUUUCUAUAUCCUGCACUGGUUCUCCUUCUAGUUUUCUUCUGCCUGGAUCUACUGCUAGAGCCCGUCUGUCUUUACUACCGCUAUCUGAUCUCUCUGGCCAACCCCGGCCCGUGUGCUCUUCCUGAUCUGAUAUCAACUUAUCGAUACUACCCCACCACAGCUACCACCGCCACUAGCAUCCCCGAACCACCAUGGAUGACGCCUACGUGCAUUCCGUCGAGGACGUCGUCAAGAACUUUGACAGCGACCUAGCAAUUGGCCUCACCACUGAGAAAGUUGAGAAGCUUCGUGCGAAAUACGGCUCGAAUGCCCUCCCAGAAGACGAGCCGACCCCGCUAUGGCACCUAAUACUCGAGCAAUUCAAGGACCAGCUCGUCAUCAUUCUCCUGGCUUCCGCCGCCAUCUCAUUCGUCCUCGCGCUCCUCGACGAGGGCGAUGACUACACCGCCUUCGUCGACCCCGCCGUCAUUCUCAUCAUCCUGAUCCUCAACGCCAUCGUCGGCGUGCAGCAAGAGUCCAGUGCCGAGAAAGCAAUCGCCGCGCUGAGCGAGUACUCGCCCACCGAAGCCAAGGCCCUGCGCAAUGGCUUGAUCGGUAAGAUCAACGCCGAAGAACUCGUUCCCGGCGACAUCAUCGAGGUCUCGGUCGGCGACCAGAUCCCCGCCGACUGCCGCGUGAUCUCAAUCACCUCCAACGCCUUCCGCGUCGACCAGGCUAUUCUCACGGGUGAGAGCGAGAGCGUCAGCAAGUCCGCUGACCCUAUAUCCGACAAACGCGCCGUCAAGCAGGACCAGAUCAACAUGCUCUUCUCCGGCACCACCGUCACUGUCGGCCACUGCCGCGCAAUCGUCGCCCUCACGGGUCAGGCGACCGCCAUCGGCGACAUUCACACCUCGAUCGUGUCCCAGAUCAGCGAGCCUACGCCGCUCAAGCAGAAGCUCGAUGACUUUGGCGACAUGCUCGCCAAAGUGAUUAUGGUCAUCUGCAUCCUCGUCUGGCUCAUCAACGUCCGCAACUUCAGUGAUCCCGCCCACAACGGUGUCCUCAAGGGCGCCAUCUACUACUUCAAGAUCGCAGUUGCCUUGGCCGUCGCCGCUAUUCCCGAGGGUCUCGCCGUCGUCAUCACGACCUGUCUUGCUCUCGGUACCCGCAAGAUGGCGCAGAAGAACGCGAUCGUGCGCAGCCUGCCCAGUGUCGAGACCCUUGGCUCCACGAGCGUCAUCUGCUCAGACAAGACCGGCACUCUGACCACAAACAUGAUGAGCGUGCAAAAGGCCGUUUAUUUCGAAAACUCGCUCGUCGAGCUCGACAUCGAAGGCACCACUUUCUCUCCUCUCGGAUUCGUGCGCGAGGCUAGCGGAACGGUUCUCCCCGUGCCGAUCAAGCACUCGCCUACUAUCCUGCGCAUGGCCCAGAUCAGCAGUCUUUGCAACGACGCCGAGAUCGUAUACGAUGAAAAGACUGAGACUUACUCGCACGUCGGUGAGCCGACCGAGGCCGCCUUGCGUGUUCUCGCCUCCAAGCUCGGAUUUAACGAUCACGAGUACAAGCAGACGCACGCGCGCGCGGCUACUUAUGAGUUUUCGCGCGACCGCAAGAGCAUGUCGGUCUUGGUCACCGAGAACGGCGCCGGUGGCGUGCUGUUUGUGAAGGGAGCUCCCGAGUCUGUUAUCGAGCGCUGCAAGAGCGUUGCGACCGCGGGCGGUGUCGUCCCCUUGUCGAGCGAUGUCUCGGAGAUGUUUUACGAGAAAGUGACCGAGUACGGAAAGCAGGGCCUGCGCGUGAUGGCGCUCGCCGUGCGCGAGGAUGUGACCUCAGACCCGGCCUUGGUCGAGGCCAAGUCUGCCGAGGACUACGUCCGCAUUGAGCAGAACCUCACGCUUGUCGGCUUGGUCGGCAUGCUUGAUCCGCCGCGGGAGGAAGUGCGCGCUGCGAUCGAGAAGUGCUAUGAGGCAGGCAUCCGAGUUGUGGUUAUCACGGGUGACAACAAGCAGACGGCCGAGACGAUCUGCCGCCAGAUUGGGAUUUUUGACGCGGACGAGGACGUCACGGGCAAGAGCUACACUGGACGCGAGUUUGACGAUCUUUCAGAGGCCGAGCAGCUGCGCGCGGCCAAGACGGCGCGACUGUUUUCGCGCGCGGAGCCGACGCACAAGAGCAAACUCGUUGACUUGUUGCAGAGCUCGGGUGAGGUUGUGGCGAUGACGGGUGACGGAGUGAAUGACGCCCCCGCGCUCAAGAAGGCUGAUAUCGGAAUCGCUAUGGGCUCGGGCACGGACGUCGCCAAGCUUGCGGCGGAUAUGGUGCUCGCGGACGACAAUUUCGCGACGAUCGAGUCGGCGAUCGAAGAAGGCCGGUCGAUUUACAACAACACGCAGCAGUUCAUCCGCUACCUGAUCUCGUCUAACAUUGGCGAGGUCGUCUCGAUUUUCUUGACUGUCUUGCUCGGUAUGCCCGAGGCGCUGAUCCCCGUGCAGCUGCUGUGGGUCAACCUCGUUACCGACGGACUGCCCGCUACCGCACUCGGAUUCAACCCGCCCGACAACGAAAUCAUGAAGCGCAAGCCGCGCAAGCGUGACGAACCUAUUGUCGGCGGCUGGCUGUUUUUCCGGUACAUGGUGAUUGGCAUCUACGUCGGCUGCGCGACGGUGUUUGGGUACGCGUGGUGGUUCAUGUUCAACAGCGAAGGUCCACAGAUCUCGUUCAACCAGCUGUCGAACUUCCACAGCUGUCCGGUCGACUUCCCCGAGCUCGGCUGCGAGAUGUUUUCGAACGAGAUGGCGGUCCGCGCGUCGACUGUCUCGCUCUCGAUCUUGGUCGUGAUUGAGAUGUUCAACGCCAUGAACGGACUCAGCUCGACUGAUAGUUUGCUCUCGAUGCCGCUCUGGCGCAACAUGACGCUCGUCUACGCGAUCACGCUCUCGAUGAUCUUGCACUUUGGUAUCGUCUACAUUCCAUUCUUCCAGACCCUGUUCUCGGUCGCGCCUUUGACGUUGCUGGAGUGGCAGGCAGUGCUGGCGAUCAGUUUCCCGGUGAUCUUGGUGGAUGAGGUGCUUAAGUUUGUUGAGCGCACGUUUGUCGAGGCCAAGGUUGAGUCUGUGAAGGAGAAGAAGCUGUAGAGUUUUGUAAAGAGUGGAGAAAAAUGAUGAUUUAUUUUUAGAUGAAUAGAGACGGUUUUAAAUGAGAGGCGCAGAUGUAUAGAUUAAUGAUUUGUAGCAACGAGUUCGGAUACGUUUAGAUGGAAUACAU